AUGUCGACGAGCGUCCUAUUCUCAACGUUCCCGCCGUUUCCGACCUUGUCACUCUUGGUUCCCUCAGAAACACACAUUGGCGAUCUCUAUGGACUCCUUUGCGAUCGCUACCCGCACCUUCCGACGGAAGAGUACUUGAGCAUCUCCCCCCAUUCAGGCUCUCUCACUCCAGACACCCUCAUCUCUGAGCUUCAUGGUGCCUCUCCAGGCCUCGUUACCCUUCGCCUUGUUCCUCGUCUCCUUGGUGGGAAGGGUGGUUUUGGGUCGCAGUUGCGUGCUGCCGGUGGUCGCAUGAGCAGCCAAAAGACUAACAACAAUGAUUCUUGCCGUGACUUGAGUGGCCGCAGGCUUAACACUCUCAAAACCGCCAAGAGGCUUGUUGAAUACAUGGAACACGAGAGCGACCGCAAGAAAGCAGCAGCGGAUGCCAAGAAAGCCAAGCUGGAGAAUCUCGAGAGGAAGAUUGCUGCAGCUUCGGUAGACCCUGAAACGCUAGCUGGAAAGAAACAUCGCUUUGACGACACAGAGUACCUGGAAGAGAGCAGGGAACUCGUGGACAACGUCAGAUCUGCAGUCUCCACUGGUAAGUUUCUUUUCUUGUGACUGUCACUUAUUGUUGUGCACUCAACUCGUGCUUACACCAGGUCUUCUCAAGAAGAAGAAGAAAGCCAAAAUCGAUCAGCCUUCAACCCCACCGGAGGCUUCGAAAUCAGCAAGACACCACUGUUCUGGAGCCAGCAGCACCAACUGAGGCAGCGGUAGCUCCAACUCCAUCGCUUGCGGUGGCGGCAUCUGCUUGAGCACGGCCCUGCAAUCUGUACUGUACUGCAUAUAAGUAUCAAUCUGGCUUUCUGACGUAGGACACGCAAUUGGUACGUCGAUAGUCGCCCCAGAUGGGAAGCCAUGUCACUGGCUGGAAUCAUUCGGUAAUAACCUUGUACAAUGAAAUGUUCAGUGAAAGCCUUUACGAUUGCGUCUGAAUAGAUUUGAGUAUGUAACCUUCCAAGCCUCCACAGAUCCAAAGUUCCUGCACGCUCGCUCCCACAGGGCGUACCUUGUACC